AAACUGUCAAACGCUGUCCCGUUCGUUUCUUUCUGCUUGUUCUCGUGUUUCUGUGCUGCGUGCGGUGAAAAAACUCAAACGUGAUCUCUUUCCAUUUGUUCAGCAAGUAGUGACCAGUUUACUAAAGGCAAAAUGUAUGCCCCGCAACAACCAAUUCUUGUUCUAAGUCAGAACACAAAGCGUGAGAGCGGCCGAAAAGUGCAGCUGGAAAACAUCAAUGCCGGCAAGACCAUUGCGGAUUUGAUUCGAACUUGCUUGGGACCACAGGCUAUGCUAAAGAUGCUGAUGGAUCCGAUGGGUGGGAUCGUAAUGACCAACGACGGAAAUGCCAUUUUACGUGAAAUCACCGUCCAACAUCCGGCCGCGAAGAGUAUGAUCGAAAUCGCCCGAACCCAGGAUGAGGAGGUGGGUGAUGGAACCACUUCGGUAAUUGUUUUGGCCGGAGAAAUGUUGGCAGUGGCCGAACAGUUCCUGCAACAGCAAAUUCACCCUACCGUGAUCAUCCGUGCCUAUCGGGAAGCUCUGGAGGAUAUGAUCAAACUGCUGGAGACUGAUGUCAGUAUGCCUUUGGAUAAAACCGAUAAAACUAAACUGGCAGAGGUUGUGAAAUCGUGCGUUGGAACGAAGUUUAUCGGACGUUGGUCCGAUUUGGCGGUGAAAAUUGCCCUGGAUGCGGUAGAGACGGUCAUGUUGACGGAAAAUGGUCGCACCGAGAUCGAUAUCAAAAAGUAUGCCAAGGUUGAGAAAAUUCCCGGCGGAUCGAUUGAUGAUUCGUGCGUACUUAGAGGAGUAAUGUUGAACAAAGAUGUGACGCAUCCUAAAAUGAGAAGAUACAUUGAAAAUCCUCGUAUUGUUCUGCUGGAUUGUCCCCUGGAGUACAAGAAAGGUGAAAGUCAGACAAACGUGGAAAUUGUAGGCGACCAAGACUUCACUAAAUUGCUUCAAAUCGAGGAAGAGCAUGUUGCCAAGGUUUGUGCGGACAUAAUUGCUGUUAAGCCGGACGUCGUAUUUACUGAGAAGGGCGUUUCCGAUCUGGCUCAGCAUUUCUUGUUGAAGGCUGGUAUCACUGCUAUUCGGCGUCUACGGAAAACCGACAACAACCGAGUUGCACGCGCUUGUGGAGCAACUAUUGUAAACCGUACCGAAGAACUCACGGAAAAGGAUGUCGGAGUCGGUGCCGGAUUGUUCGAAAUAAAAAAGUUGGGUGACGAAUACUUCUGUUUUGUGACGCAGUGUGCUGAUCCCAAGGCUUGCACCAUUCUACUGCGCGGUGCUUCCAAGGAUGUGCUUAAUGAAACGGAGCGAAAUCUUCAGGACGCUUUGCAUGUGGCACGAAAUCUGAUGUUGGAACCAAGGCUGCUCCCCGGAGGUGGUGCAGUGGAAAUGGCUGUUUCGCAAGCCUUAACCAACAAGCAAAUCCAAGGACCUUACCGUGCGGUGGCCCAAGCCCUGGAAAUCAUUCCUCGUACGCUGGCUCAAAACUGUGGAGCAAACACGAUCCGUACCUUGACAGCCCUCCGAGCUAAACAUGCAUCGCAUCCGGCUGGAUCCGGCCCGUGCACUUGGGGAAUCGAUGGCGAAUCCGGACAGAUUGUCGAUAUGAAAGAAAAGGGUAUCUGGGAACCGUUGUCGGUGAAGUUGCAGGUUUACAAAACCGCUGUGGAAACGGCUAUUCUCCUGCUGCGUAUCGACGACAUUGUUUCCGGGUCGAAAAAGAAGGGAGACGAUGGAACCGGGGCUGCUCCGGCUCAGAUGGCCCAAGGAAUGGAAUAAUCAAGUAGUUCUUAUGUUUCUUAUAUUUACUCAAGUUUACUUUCAUAACCACAACACACAUUCAGUCACACAUUAACUCACAGAUCACAAUUCUAGCGGGGCCUAGUAGGGAAUAUUGAUUUCCUCACCUCAUGCGUUUAAUUACACUUAGAAUGUGAUCUAGCUAUAAACAAGUUUGCGUCAGGUCUAAUGCUUAAUACACCCCAUAUUGGAGAGCGUCAUAACAGUUGAAGAUUUUCCAAUAAAUGCGUUUCUUGUGCUUAGAAAA